AUGUCAAAUAUCAAAGAAGAAUCUCAAAAAUUAAUUGAUGAGCCUACCUACGUAUGGCAGAUAAAGGACUUUCAAGACCUUUAUCAAAGUAUGAGCAAAGGAAAAUACAUCAUGAGUGAUAGAUUUAGUUCUCCGAAACCUGUUUACAUUGAACCAAGAACUGGUCUCAAAAAACCAAUGCAUACGUGGCGUUUAAAAUUUUAUCCUCAUGGAAAAAAUUCUGUUGAUGGAUGCUUAUCAAUUUAUCUUAAAGCAUUCCCAUCAGAAUAUGAAAAAUCCAUGUCUACAUCAUCGAGAUUGAUUAGAUACCGAAUAGACUUAUUUCGAAUUAACUCAAUGGAAUCAUUAGCGCUUGAACGAAUAACUAAACUCGGAAGUGCCGUUUCAAAAGAAACAAUAUUUAAUCUUUCAACAUGUGAUUCUCAUGGUAGAAGAAAUAUUUGUGGAAUUAAGGAUAUUUUUAAUGGAACAAAUACAGCUACUACUCCAACUGAAUUAGUAAUUACUGUACAUAUAUUUUACGAUGAUCAAAUGGUUCCUCAACCCUCACAACCAUUCUUAACUUCAUUCGAGAAUUAUUUUGGAAACGAACUUUAUAACGAUAUUGAAUUUGAAUUUGAUUGUGGUCGAAAAAUUCGUGCUGGUCGUAUAGUAUUAGCUUCUAGAUCUGAAUAUUUUGAAAAAUUAUUUGGGGGUGAAUGGCAAGAAUCAACUGCUUCUACAAUUCUAUUAAAAAAUACAAAGUUUGAAUCUUUUCAUGCGGUACUAUAUUAUCUUUAUACGGAUAGAUUAGAAGAAGGUUUAUCAUUAGAAAUUCUUAAAAAUCUUUAUUUGGAGGCUGAUAUGCGUAGAAUUGAAAAGUUACAACAAAUGGUAAUCAAGAGGUUUUCGGAAAUUUUGAAUAUUACGAAUAUGGAUGAGAUUUUAAUUUACAGUUUGGAGAUUGAAAAUGAAUAUUUAAAAAAGACGGUAUUACAAUUUCUUAAGAAGAAUUGGGAUGAUGUUAAACAUACGGAUCAGAUGAGAAGAAUGCUGAAAUUAGAUAACAUUGAUUGGGUUACCUACGUAGGUAGUGGCCUUGGUAAUACCAAGGAGAAUGAUUGUCGAGUAUGGGGCAACUUAUAUUCUAAAUAG